AUGACGGAGGAGGCUGCGGCUCGGGAGGAGGCGGCUGCUUCCGCCGAUGGCGCGGUAGCGGGGCUGGCGGUCGCUGCCAAGGAGGGCGCGGCGGCGGAGGGCGAGGAGGAGAAGCCGCAGGAGAUCUUCCUCGCGAACUACAAGCCGCCGUCGUACCUCUUCGACAAGGUGUCACUGGAUUUCGAUCUGCACGACGACUACACCCUCGUCAAGUCCGCCAUCACUGUUGUUGCGAAUGACAAGGCGGAGAAGCCAGAGAACGGGUCUGCUCCUCUGGUGUUGGACGGCCACGAUUUGGAGCUGGUGUCUCUGCAGAUCAACGGUGUUGAUGUGCCAGCGGAGGAGUAUGUGAAGACGGGCAAGAAGCUCACGCUGCUCGCCCCGCCUGCAUCGCCCUUCACCCUCGCCAUCGUCACUCGCAUCAACCCCGCUGCCAACACAUCCCUCGAGGGUCUGUACCGCUCAAGCGGCAACUUCUGCACGCAGUGCGAGGCGGAGGGCUUCCGGCGCAUCACGUACUACCAGGACCGCCCCGACGUCAUGUCCCGCUUCACCGUGCGCAUGGAGGCCGACCGCAGCGCCUGCCCCGUGCUGCUCUCCAACGGUAACCAGAUCGACUCCGGCGUGCUGGGCGAGGGGGAGGGUGCGCGGCACUAUGCGGUGUGGGAGGACCCGUGGCCGAAGCCGAGUUAUUUGUUUGCGCUGGUGGCGGGGAAGCUGGUGUGCUGCGAGGAUAAGUUUGUGACGUGCAGCGGGAGGGAGGUGGCGCUGCGCAUCUGGGUGAAUGCGGGCGAUGAGGGCCGCACCGCGCAUGCCAUGAAGUCGCUCAAGGAGUCGUUCCGGUGGGACGAGGAGGUGUUCGGCAGGGAGUACGAUCUUGACCUCUUCAACGUUGUUGCUGUGCCGGACUUCAACAUGGGGGCCAUGGAGAACAAGAGCCUCAACAUCUUCAACUCGCGUCUUGUUCUCGCCUCGCCAGAGACAGCCACGGAUGGUGACUAUGCGGCCAUCGAGGGGGUUAUUGCUCAUGAGUACUUCCACAACUGGACGGGCAACAGGGUGACGUGCCGCGACUGGUUCCAGCUGACGCUCAAGGAGGGGCUCACUGUCUUCCGCGACCAGGAGUUUUCGUCGGACAUGAACAGCCGUGCAGUAGAGCGCAUUGCCAACGUGGCAGUGCUGCGUGCCCGCCAGUUCUCCGAGGAUGCAGGUCCCAUGGCGCACCCUGUCCGCCCCAGCUCAUACAUCAAGAUGGACAACUUCUACACAGUCACCGUUUAUGAGAAGGGGGCGGAGGUGGUGAAGAUGUACCAGACGCUGCUGGGCAAGGACGGCUUCAGGAAGGGCAUGGACCUGUAUUUCGAGCGGCAUGAUGGGCAGGCAGUGACGUGUGAUGACUUCUUUGCCGCCAUGGCUGAUGCCAACAACGACAAGCUCGAGGGCUUCAAGCCCUGGUUGUCCCAGGCAGGCACGCCCGUGGUGACCGUGACGUCAUCGUACAACGAGAAAGACCACACCUUUACCCUGCACUGCAAGCAGGAAAUCCCUGCCACGCCCGGGCAGGACAGCAAGCUGCCCGUGCUCAUCCCGCUGGCGGUGGGGCUGGUGGGGCCGGACGGCAAGGACAUGCCGCUGCUGCACGUGUUCGAUGGGGCGAAGCUCACUGACUUGGAUGGACCCACCACCACCGUGCUGCGAUUCAACAAGGCAGAGCAAGACUUCACGUUCACGGACGUGCCGCACCGCCCCGUGCCCUCACUGCUCCGUGGCUUCAGUGCCCCCGUGCGCCUCAACGCUGACCUGUCGCAUGCCGAUUGGCUCUUCCUCCUCGCUAAUGACUCUGAUGAGUUCAACAGGUGGGAGGCAUGCCAGGUGCUGGCACGCAAGAUGCUGCUGAGGAUGGUGGACGACUAUCGCAGUAACAAGCCGCUCCAUAUGGAGGAUGACUUCACCGACGCCCUCGCCAAGAUCCUGGAUGACACGUCACUGGACAAGAUGUUCAUUGCGCGAGUCAUUUCCCUGCCAGGAGAGAGUGAGAUCGCCGACCUCAUGACGCCGUAUGCCGACCCGGAUGCCGUGCACGCCGUGCGCAAGUUCUGUGUCAAGCAGAUCGCCACCCGCCUGCGCCCCACGCUGGAGGCUCUGGUGGAGAGCAACAGGGCGCCGGAAGGGGAGGCGUACAGCCCAGAGCACGCCAGCAUGGCCCGCCGCUCCCUCAAAAACGCUGCUCUCUUGUACCUGGCAUCGCUGGACGACGAGGCCUCUGGUGCGCUCGCCCUGUCGGAGUUCCGGGCGGCGAGCAACAUGACCGACCAGUUCGCCGCCCUGGCCGCGCUCUGCCUCAACCCCGGCGCCGCCCGGGAGGAGGCGCUUCAGGCGUUCUACGAGCAGUGGAAGCACGACGGGCUGGUGAUGAACAAGUGGCUGUCGCUGCAGGCGGCGUCGUCCAUUCCUGGGAACGUGGAGGCGGUCAAGAGGCUCAUGGAGCACCCCGCCUUCAUCAUCACGGAACCCAACAAGGUGUACUCUCUCAUCGGCGGCUUCAACUCGUGUGCGGUGAACCUGCAUGCAGCGGACGGCAGUGGGUACCGCUUCCUGGCGGAUGUGGUGUUGCAGCUCGACAAGAUCAACGCGCAGGUGGCUGCUCGCAUGGUGUCCGCCUUCACUCGCUGGCGCCGCUACGAUGAGGCGCGCCAGGCUCUCGCUAAGGUGGAGCUGGAGCGAAUCUUAUCAGCGGAGGGGCUGUCAGAGAACGUGUACGAGAUUGUCUCCAAGAGUCUCUCCGCCCCCCCUGCCUCCUCCUAG